GCAACAUUACGGAAAAUCAGUUUGUGUUUGGAUCGCGAUGCGAGGAGCUCGUUCGGCGCUUCGGAAAGAGCAAAACAAAGGAAAAGUUGCACAUAAAUUCAAUUUGAGAACGUUUAUGGCACAUCAAAGAUAUACGCAAAUUUAUUGCUAACGUGAAGAAUUGCCUGCAAUAACUCAACACAAAUAACAAAAUAUAUUCCGGAUUGGCAAGGAAAUUAAGAAUUUAAUAUGGAAUGUGCAAAAGAAUUUCAAGUGAAGUGAACGAUCUUAAACUGGAAAUAACGAUAAUUUUAUGUUUUGUGUGAAAGUGUUAUGUCGUUCUAAGAAACUACGAAGGAACUAUCAAUUAAGUUGAUUGCUGAUCCUAAGAUAUUGCUCUUCAAAAUGUGGAUAAAUCAUCACUGGAUAUGUUACGUGCUCUUCGCUGUCUGUUACUUCAAAGAUGUAACUUUUGGAGCCAUAUUGGACUCACGUUGUUAUCUUGAAGGCGGUGGUUCCGCAGAGAGUUUCCUGGCCACCGAGGAUUUGGCGGUGGGUUCCAUCAUCGGCAAGCUAAGGAUAAACGGAGAUCCCAAUGCCGAAACAGGAGACAUCAACCUCUCGCUGAGAGAAAAGAAUGCUCCAGUGGAAAUUCAUUCCGGGACAAAGGAGUUGGCUCUAUCGGUGGAACUGGACAAGGAGGGAGUGAGAGGUCCGUCGUCUAUUUAUGUAAAUGUCAUCUGCAUACGAAGGCAUUCAACGGAUCCGAGCUUCGUCAUUCCGGUGAAUGUGCGAGUAACUGAUGUGAACGACAAUGCCCCUCAAUGGAUUGGCACUCCGUAUACUUUGACCCUUUCGGAGGUGACGGUUCCAGGCACUAGGAUUUUACAAGGCGCCCGUGCCGAGGAUGCCGACCAGCCGGGUCCCUUCUCCACGGUGGAGUAUCAGGUCCUGCCAGGACCCUACUCCGAUUAUGUGCAAUUCCUCAAUCCCCUUGAAGGCACAUUAGUCUUAAAGAAAGCCCUCGACUACGAGCAGUUGCAGAACUUCACAGUAAAGCUGAGAGCACAAGAUCAGGGGACUCCACCCCGCCACUCGGACACUUUGCUUCGUGUGGUCAUCACGGAUGCGGAUGAUCAGAAUCCCAAGUUCCAACGGGAGUCCUACAGCGCAGAGAUACCAGUGGAUGGCAGGCCGGGUGAGCUGCGCAUGCGUCCGGAGCCCCUGAAGGCGGUGGAUCAGGAUGAGGGAAUCUGUGCGCCGAUCCAGUACACGAUAGUCCAAUCGCACGACGCCAAGUACUUCCGCAUACAUCCGCACAACGGAGCUAUCAGCUUGCUGACCCCCAUUGGAUAUGCUGAUGUGGCCAAUGGCGCCACUUUGGUGGUGAAGGCCACGCAGAUCGAUAAUCCCGAUCGCUAUGCUCUGACCACCGUCCAGUUGACGCGUCCUGGCAGCCACAGCGACCUGAGCACUCUGGCCUUUGUCCAGAAGAGAUUCGUGAUGCGCAUCCGCGAGGACACGGCGGUGGGCAAUCGGAUUCUGGCUCUGCCCACCAACAAACCCGGCAAACAUCUCAAGUACACCAUUCCCGAUCCGGUGAACUCGCAGUUCUUCAGCGUGGGUUCGCUGGGAGAACUUGUGCUGGCCAAGCCGCUGGACUACGAGAAGAUGACCAAGCAUGAGUUCCAGGUCUUGGCCACCGAUGGAAUGACCAACAGCACGGCGGAGCUCACAUUGGACGUGAUUGAUGUGAAUGACUGGGAGCCUCGGUUUCGGGAAACGCACUACGAGUUCAUGGUUCCCAAGAGCCAGUCUCUACAAUCCCGUGCGGAUUCCUUCGAGGGCGUGCUGAUAGGCAAAGUGGAGGCAGCUGACGGGGAUCGAAACGACAAGCUGGAACUCUCGCUGCGUGGCCAGCAUGCCGGACUAUUUGAAAUCGACGCCACUGGGAACAUCUACAUGCGACCGGAGCAAUUGCAGAGCCUCAACGAGUCCACGGUCCAUCUGAUAGCCAUCGCCACGGAUACGGGUGUCCCACCAAGGAGCACCUCGGUGCCAGUGAGCGUGACCAUGGAGGGUCUGACCCUGGCCCAAUCCGGCUGGAACAGCAACAUGCUGGGCAUGUUCGGCAUGAUCAUGGGCCUCUUCCUGAUGAUCAUAGUGGCGCUCAGCUGCUACAUUGUACGCUCAAAGAAACAGGGCAAGAGUGCCUCCAGUGGCUUGGGUCUCGGCAGGAAUCGGGUGCACAGCCAAGCACAUAGUAGUGUCUCCUCCGCUAAUCUGGUUACCCAUGAAAAGCUGGCGGGGAAUGGCAAUGGCAAUGGAGCCAGCGUGACGAGCGGCGGAGUCUCCGUGCUGCACAUGAAGCACGGAGGCAAUAUCACCAUGGCCAAUCCGAUGAACAAUGGCCUGCAUCAUGUGGCCAGUGGAGCUAGUAGUAGCAUGGCCCUGGGUAGCUCCGCUGCCUUGUUGGAACGGGAGCGGGAGAGAGAGCGGGAUCGGGAGCGCCAGCGAGAAAGCUAUGCGGCCACAGUGCGCAUCUUCUUGCCAGGCAUAGUUUCGCGCGCCUCCGCCAACGGUCAGCUUUUCGAGGAGGACGAGAUCGAGCACGACUCCCUGCAGACGGAGAACAACAACCGGAAAGUGGCAGCCACGGGAACGGCCAGUGGCGGGGUCACCACCAUCACCACCACCUCGGCAAACGCCGGAUCCAAUCUUCUAUCCGCCACCGAUGCCAUGGGCUCCUCGGAGAACAACUUGACGGUCUACUUUUAGAGCCAGCUCCACCAGGAGAGCUUGUAAAUAUCGCUGCUAAGUCAGUUUAGGUUUAGGUUUAGGCCCCGCACACGUGUAUGUACAUUGAGUAGACCAAAUAUAGCAUUGUAAACAGUCCCAGCACACACGAUCUAGACUAAGUCCAAGCGAUUUCCAUUGUAAAGUUUUGCUUCCCAGAUUUUAAGUGGAUGCGUCCAAUAAAGUUUUC